AGGACGUAAAUUUAUAACUGGUCUUGUUUCUCACGUAUACCGGUUAAUUGUCUCCAGUCGUGUGGCGUCUGCCAAAACGAUAGGUCGUGACAACAAAUUAGUUUAAUUAUAAAUGUUUUGUUAAAUUAUAAUAAUGUUUAAGUUGUUAAUAUUGUGUGUUUGUUUGUUUUUCGUGUUGAGUGAUGCUGCUUAUGAAGGUGAAUUAUGCGUCAAAGAUGGCAAAACUGGGACAUGUACGAACAUAAACCGAUGUCGGACUGCAAUACAAGAUAUUAAAAACAGGAAAAACCCACAGAUAUGUUCGUUCAGCAAUGCUGACCCUAUAGUGUGUUGUCUGGACAACGUGGUGGGAUCCACUCCACCACCCAAACCCGUCGCCACCACCACGAAAAAGCCAGCAUCGAAACCAUCUGAUGAUGAUUACGUGCCCCCAGUCUACGACUACGUGUCCUCAGAUUCUGACAGCACGUGUGAGGGUUUACCUCUAGAGUUUACUGCCAAGAAGACUGGACAGAAGGCUUUCGAUAAAUGCAUCGAAUACCAGGAGAAGUACGUCUACCCUUGUGAGCGAGGAGUGGACCUGCUGGGAGGCCUCAGCAGGAGCAGCAAGUGUCACCACAGCGCUGAUGACCUCAUCGUGGGCGGCACUGAUGCUGCACAGCAUGAGUUCCCUCAUAUGGUUAUGAUCGGAUACGACACUUUAGAAUCAGUCCAAUGGCAAUGUGGAGGCGCCGUCAUCAGCGAGAGAUUCAUCCUCACAGCAGGACACUGUACUGCCUCCAGAGAUCUUGGACCAGCAACGUACGCGCUUAUAGGUGCCUAUAGAAGAUCGGAUGCUGCCGACAGGAGCAAGACAUACAAGAUAAAGCGCAUCAUCCCGCACCCGCAGUACAAGGCGCCCAUCAGAUACAAUGACAUCGCUCUAAUGGAGACAGACAAAAACAUCCAAUUAGACCAGUUCGUGGUACCGGCUUGUCUUCACGUGGGAGACGCUGUCAAGGAUGAUAAGAUAGUCACUAGCGGCUGGGGACUCACGCAAUACCGAGGAAGCACCUCAGAAGUUCUGCAAAAGGUCACUUUGAACAAGUUCACGACGGAGCAAUGUUCUCAAAAGUAUCCACCGAUGCGUCUCAUGAAAAGAGGUUUUGAUGAGUCAUCCCAACUGUGUUAUGGUGACAUGCAGGUUUCUAAGGACACUUGUCAGGGUGACAGUGGCGGUCCAAUCCUGAUUAAGAGCAAAAAGAUCCAUUGUAUGUACACUAUCGUCGGCGUGACGUCAUUCGGCAGAGCGUGUGGCUUCGUCGGGGAGCCGGGGAUCUACACCAGAGUGGCUAACUAUACGCCCUGGAUCGAAAGCAUUGUCUGGCCUAACUAGGACUUAAUUUAGAAUAGGCUAGACUUAUUUUAGAUUGUUUGUUUCACUAAAUAAAUCUAAUGAGGCUGUCGGAUAGAAACCCAAAUAAUAUCGUGUGCAAUUCUUUUAUUUUAUACCGACAACAAAAAAAGAAGUAAUCUUAAACAGUAUGUUGAAAUCUUUUGGGACGUCACUUAUCAGUACAAUUUUUACUGACAAGUAACGUUUUGGUUCCUCUCUAAAGCUUUCAUCAUUUCUGAACUUUUAUCCUCGUAAUUUUUAUUGAUUGAAAUUAAAUAAAAUUAUAUGUUU